CAUCCGAUCAUCGCCUGUAUCACCCUCAAAACCCUCUGAACUAUGUGCAUCUAGAUGCUGUUCCCUACAUAUAUAUCAUCGCUGUGGAGCACAAAGAAACCCAUUGUUCGCCAUUGACCAAUGCGCGCGUAUCACGAAGAUGAUGAGGAUGAUUUCGAGGAUGAGGACGUGGACGAGCGGACGAGUCAGAUUGUAGGAGAUAUGGAUAUCAACAUGGAGGACGUAUACGGACAGUAUGAGGAAUCUGGGGACGGGGAAGGUGAAGGCGAUGGAGAAGGCGAUGAGGAGGAUGAAGACGAGGAAGAAGAUGAUGAAGAUGACGGCGAUGAAGAUGAAGACGACGAAGAGGAAGAUGAUACGGAAGAAGGUGAAGGUGAUGAAGAGGAAGAAGAUGGAGACGAUGUGGAAAUGGCCAAUGGGGAUGAUGGCUCGUCCCCCUCCAGACCCUCCUCCUCCUCAGUCCUUCCUCCAAAUAUGGCCCGUCGGCAACUCCUUCGACCCUCCUUCCCAUUCUCUGAACCUCCGUCCACGCUCUCCAUCGAAGCUAUCUGUGCUAUUCCAUUACCUUCCCCUGUUCACAGUAUGGCCAUGACGCCCUGUUCUUCUUUCCUCCUCACCGGUUCUCAAGAAGGAUACGUCAGAGCUUACGACUUUUGGAGCAGCGUCAAUGGGAAACAACUCAUGACGGCUCAACAGAGGACAGCCGUGGGGUUCGGAGAAGGCGUGAGUAAAGCUGGCGUCGCUAGAGGUUGGUGGGAGAAUGAAGUGAUGGGCUCGGAUGGAGAAACCAAGGCGGAACCGGUGUAUAGCAUGCAAGUGGAGAGUGAUGGUCUAUGGGCAUUGACAGGGACAAGGAGCGGACAAAUCAAUCUUUACACGCUUCGACAUUCCCCGGGACACUUUGUCACCUCUCUCAAAGGCCAUUCAAGCGUCGUCUCAUGUAUGACUCUGUUGCCUGGCGAAAAGUCAUUCAUCAGUGGAGGAUGGGAUGGGACGUUGAGGGAAUGGGAUCUCAAUACCGGUCAGACGGUCAGAUCAUACCCUACACAUGGCGCUCAAAUCUCAUCGACAUCUUUGAGGGCUCUGAACGCCGCGGCGGCGGGUGUCCUGUCAAAUGGUGGCCAUGCGAACGGGGUUCAUGAGAAUGGCCUCAGCGUAUCUGUUCGGGUCGGCGAGGACUUUUUCGAUGCUAAAGAAGAACUACCCCCAUCCUCUCCGCCUGCAUCUUCGACGCCUCGUGCUGGACCUGAAGACGCCGAUGCAAUCGUCAUUGCCUCCCAUGGCGUCAACGAUUCAAGUACAGUCGAUGCACCGCCACAGAAUUCUUCCAGCGGCGUGGCGAAUGGCGAUGGAUCGCCUGGUGACGACGCCCCGUCACCUUAUGAUCCGCUCUUCGACGAUGACGCCGAGGGCGAAGAUGUGCCUCCUUCAGACGCCGUCACAUUGACAGGUACACCGGGUAUCAACGAUAUGGCACCCCCUCCAUUGUCGCCUUCGACUACUUCCAACAACAAACCUGGCUUAUCACUCGCUCUUCCAGGCGCCGCUGGACUGAAAGCCACCACCUCAAACCCCCUUCCUCCUUCAUCCACCGGUUCUGGCACCACUCCUCUGUUCCCUCAAGCUCAACAUCCAUCAUCAUCAUCUUCCUCUGGACCCAGUCGACUCGACAACGCAGGCGCAGCGGCUGGUAUCCCUCUGCUAUCGCCUGCGGACUAUAGAGACUUUUCAGACAACAUUCUCAUGUAUUCCAGUAUGGACGGUCAGGUGACAUUGAUCGAUAGACGAGAGCCGACAGCUGGCGAAGGAUCAAGAAGAGGUGGUGGUGUCGGGAGACUGAUACCGGGCGACAAGGCGCCCCCAUGGUGCAUGUCGGCUUGUUGGUCGGCACAUGGGAACCAAGUCUUGGCGGGGAGACGGAAUGGCGCGAUCGACGUAUGGGACGUCAGGAAGUCAUCAUCUACGAGUUUUUCAUCGUCGUCUUCCUCUUCACUUCAAUCGCCCAACCUGCUUCGAACACUUCGAACACCCCUUCAAUCAGGCCCUGUGAGCUGCAUCGUCCCCUUCCCGGAUGGGAAACACGUCGCUACCGCAUCGACGGACAAUAUCAGAUUAUGGAACACUGUCGAAUACUUUGAUCAAGAGGAUGAUUUGAGGAAAAAGAGCGGACGACCACCGUUCAAGAUCAUAGCUGGGCAUCAUGGUGGGACAGUAUCGUCUAUGCUUGUCGAUCCGACCUGUCGUUUCUUAGUCACUGCAAGCGGGGAUAGAGGAUGGCAAGGGGAAAGUACAAAGGUGGUUCUGGUACACGAAGUCAAGUGGUAAACAUCUAGCAU